UUUAGUAUGACCUCUACUGCAGUUGAAAAUACUUGGGAGCGGAGGUUGAAUCCAUUGAUUUUUUUUGACGAUGUAACCCAUUUCUGUAAGGAUACGGUUACAGUUUGAAUGAGAAACCCCUUUAUUUUGUGCAUAACCAUCGCAAGAAGGGCUUAUGUGCUCCUCGCCGCUUGAUUUCCGACUCGGGGUGCUCAGUGUUGCCGGGGUAGAGUCCGUUUUAGCUGCACUGCAUCAACAUGGGUGUGAUCGGUGUGCAGCUGGUGGUUACCAUGGUAAUGGCCAGUGUAAUUCAGAAAAUCAUACCUCAUUAUUCUUUUGCAAGAUGGCUACUCUGCAGUGGCAGUCUGCGGUGGUAUCAGCACCCUACGGAAGAUGAGUUGAGGAGCUUAGCUGGGAAACAAAAAGGACAGAAGAGGAAAGACAGGAAGUACAAUGGUCACAUAGAGAGUAAGCCGCUAACAGUUCCCAAGGACAUAGACUUACAGCUGGAGACGAAAUGUAUCACAGAAGUCGACACAUUAGCAUUGCACUACUUCCCAGAGUUCCAGUGGCUGGUGGACUUCACAGUGGCGGCAACUGUGGUCUAUCUGAUAACAGAACUCUACUACAGUGUGGCUAACCCCUCAGGAGAGAUGAACAUCAGUGUGGUCUGGUGCCUACUAGUACUCGCCUUUGUCAUUAAGACCCUUUUCUCUCUAACGGCCCACUACUUCAAGCUGGAGGAAGGAGGCGAACGCUCACUCUGCAUUACUUUUGCAUUCUUCUUUUUUGUCAAAGCCAUGGCCAUCCUUAUAGUCACUGAAAACUACCUGGAGUUUGGUCUGGAGUCAGGCUUUGCAAACUUUUCCGACAGCGCUCAACAGUUUCUGGAACACCAGGGCAUGGAGUCCCAGGGUCCCAUAUCUAAGCUCACCUUCAAGUUGAUCCUGGCCUUGCUGUGCUCUCUUAUUGGAGCUUUUCUAACUUUCCCUGGUCUACGAUUGGCCCAGAUGCAUCUAGAUGCACUCACUUUAACCACAGCCAAAUUUACACAGACUCUGCUUCAUAUCAACUUCCUGUCCCCUCUCAUCAUGGUCCUGCUGUGGGUAAAGCCUAUUACCAAGGAUUACAUAAUGAACCCCACUCUGGGAAAGGAGAGUGUGCCUUUGAUGACUGAACAGACAUAUGAUACUCUGCGGUUAUGGGCCAUCAUACUGAUGUGUAUGCUCCGGCUUGCCAUGAUGAGGCAUCACUUGCAGGCCUACCUCAACCUGGCCCAGAAAGGUGUGGACCAGAUGAAGAAGGAGGCGGGACGGAUAAGUACCGUUGACCUGCAGAAGAUGGUUGCACGUGUUUUUUACUACUUGUGUGUAAUCGCACUACAGUAUGUGGCACCACUGGUGAUGCUGCUACAUACAAGUUUGCUGCUAAAAACUUUAGGUGGUCACUCCUGGUGGGUCUAUCCUGAAGAAGACCUGCCUUGCACCUAUGAAAUGAACUCUGACUCUGUGAUGGAGGCAGCACCAGCAGCGGCCCCAACACUAGCUUCGGUCGUAGAAACAGGACCCCGGGCAUCAGUAGCCCAGCUGUCAGUGGCUCUGGGAGGUCUAAAGACUGUUUUCACCCCCUUACUUUUCCGGGGCCUCUUCUCCUUCUUCACUUGGUGGAUCGCUGCCUGCCUCUUCUCCACCUCCCUCUUUGGCCUCUUCUACCAUCAGUAUCUCAUGGCGGCAUAGCAUCACCAAUCCAACAGUGGCACCCGAGACCCCCACAGUGCUGCCGUAUGUUCGGCCCGAUCAGAAAGGACUGAGUGGGGGCAAAAAGAGGCCUGCUGAUGACUCUGCUCUUAAACUCCCCUCCCUCCAUCUCUCUGACCACCUCACAAUGACUGAUCAUAUCAUCAGAGCUCCUGGUUCACCUUCCAGUGCUUCCUCCACAGAUGACUGUGAACUCUUGUCAUUGUUUUUACUUCUACGACCACCACUUUUUAUUUGGGCAAGCAAGAUUUCUAAACCUUACCAAGAAACAGUACGAGUUAGACGAAUAUUAGUCAAAACUGAUCCAGGUUUCUGUAGUAAAUUUGAGUGGUGUUAAGUAAAACACAGAGGCUGAGAUGCUGAUUACAAUUAAUUUUACAUGUUGAAACGUUGUGUGGCAGUUCAACUCAGUUCUGCCAAUGGGGAGAGUUUAAUCAGUGGUAUCUGUUCACAAGAGAGCACGUGCAAUGAGUUUAAUCCAUCAACAUCUUCAGAUUUGUGAUAUCUUUUCGUUUAGAAAACCAUAAAUGCAGCUUCUUUGGAGAGUUUGAUUUCAUACUCUUGCCCUCGUUUUUAAAUUCCUUCUAUUUCCAGCGGUGGUUAAUUCCCCUUUAAACUAAUGUUGGCAGUGAGUUACACCACAGAUUUAUCCAUUCCUGGAAUUACUCAGCAUGACUGGAUACGUGUUGUUUGGGGCCUUGACGUUAAGUGUCAUACAGCCGCUAUAUUCCAGUUUGUAUCCAUGACUGUACUAAUUUCCUCAGUGACUGUAAAGAAGCUACGUUUAGACAAAAACAAAAUAUCACUGAAUCUGGAUUUUUAAUUUUUUUUAAUGGGGCUAAUAUGUGACUUCAUAUUAGCCUAAAAUUCUGCUUUUUAUUUGUUUUAAUUCCGUUUUGGGGACACCGAUAACUGCCAUACUUGGGCCCCAGGCUUGUUUCUCAAUGAAAUCUUUAAAAUAUGCGGGGGUUUUUGUUUGGCCUGUUUUUCCUCAAAUGUGUCACUGAAGUGUCUGAGAGUCUUAAAAUAUUGCAGUCUGUACCAGUGAGUCUUUUCUUGGAAUAGGAGGAGGGAAAAGCAGCCUGUGGGUGUUUCCAGGCUGGUUAGGAAGAGCUGUGAGCAAACCGGGGUUAUAGAGUGGACAACAAGAGCUGUACUUGCAGGGGAGCUGAAGGAGAUGUUAAACUCAUGAGGAGACAUCUCAUUGACUUGAAGCUGAUGUAUUUAAAUCUGUCUAACUGAACUUGCCAUAGAGGACAAACUUCCAUAUUUAAAUGAAAGGCGUUCCAAUAGAUUUGUGAUGUUUUAAUGUGCAUCGUUAACCUUCCUGGUUUUCACUGAGCCAUUUUAGACGCGAUGGGAGAAUUCUGAGCAGCAAAGAUGAUUCAAAGGGAGGACAGCAUGCGGGGCCUCAGUUCAACGUAUGUGCUUGUGUCCGUGUGUCUGUCUGCAUGUAUAGGAUCUCUGCUGUUGGUUAGCUGCAAUCUGAAAGGGCAUUGUGAUCAAGAGGAGAUGAUGCCAGCUACUGUUGAGAAACCACUGGCCUUUAUGUUCUACUUUCCAUUUUUCUUUGUAUUUUUUAACCUUUACCUAUCCCUUGCUUUUAAACCUAUUUGAGAACAAUCUUUUCUUUGUUUUUUAUUCUUUUUCCAAUGGAUUAAAUUGUGGAUUUGUGAAAGUUUUGAUUUUAAAAUGGUGCCAAGUGAGUGUGUCCCCUGCUGUCCUGUUGGCUGUAGGUCUGAUGUGUGCUGGUGUUCGAAACUGGACUACAACUCUGCGGCCUUCUGUUUUAUUCUGUAGAUCCAUCUUUAUAAAGAGGGACUCACUCGGUCUGAUUCACAAAAGGACAUAUUUACUGUGUCUUAGUAUACUGUAAUUCUUUGGUGGGCAAAUGUACGCACAAAACAGUCAUUGUGCUGGUGACACACCGGCCAAUGUGAUUGUCCAGUCUAUUCAGGAAUGUAGGGUACAUGGUGCCAGAUUAAUUACAGAUCACACAAUCCCGGGGUUCUCUGGCAUCCCAUUAUUGCAUUUAUAUAUAACAGAGCUGUAAUUUAUAAAUUCCAGCUCUCGAGUUUUGUACAGAACACAUUUUACAAAGUCCAGCAGCACCAUAUCAACAUUUCUAAGCUCCUGAUGUCGAAAGUCUUAGCUUUGGUUUGUGUCUGUUUUAAACGAUGAGGAAUAUGCACAUAAUGAAUGUAUCAAUCCUGCCUAAUUUCUAGAUUGUUUUCAUGAAAAUGAUUUGUAUGGUGAGCUGAUUUAACACCCCCCCCCCCCCCUGCACUUCUUGAACUCUCGACUUGUCUAAUACCAUCUGUUUAAUCUGCGUCUCAAACUAAAUCUAAUUUGUCCUAAUGACUAUUUUUUAUUGAUUGAUCUUUUUUUUUGUAUUUAUUACACAUGUCGAAGCCUGUAAACAUUUCUAAUUUUAAUAACAACCCCUUUUUUUUGAGUGCAUGAUGGCUAAAAAUCAGUUUUGAAAAUGUGUUUGACAAAUCAGUUACAGAUGAACUUUUCUUUGAAGGAGCAAUCCAGUCAGUUGAGGAACAGCUGGGAUACUUUCAGAAUCCAUUGGCCUAAUCAGGCUUCCGUUUCUUCAGUUUGUUACCACUGACAGUGUUUUAUUAUUCAUUGUUGGGUUCACAAAGUAAAUUUCACACAUUGUUGUCUUUCAUGUAUUUAUUUCUGCUUUAGAUUUUGUCUUAAAUAAAUUAUGUUCUUUA